AUGAACAGAUUUUCGCGAGGAAGGGCUGGGAGCUCACUGGGUGUUGGGCCUGAGCCCGCCAGGCCGCUGAGGGCCCACGUGCUGCCGGCAGGGGCCGCCUCAUCUCCGCCGGCCUCCCUGAGGGCCUCUCAGAGCCUCCGCUCCCAGCGCGGGGUCCGCAGACCCUCAGCCGCACUCUUGGUGCCAGUUCUGGACUCGGGCUGCCGUCACCACGGGCUUCUGUGCUGGGAGGGCGGUGCCGGGCUGGAGCUUCCUCUCCUCGGAAGGCCCUGGAGCCAGCCCCGGUGCUGCGGAGGGAAAGACACCACCUCCUUGGUGGUGAGGAGCUGCGCGGAGACCCCGUCUGUCCACUGCAGGGUCCGUGUUGUCCUGCAGCAGCUGUGGGUUGUAGGGGGCCCCAGAGGGACCUGUGCACAACCAGACCCCUGGAACCUGCGCGUUUGA